AUGUGCGGUGGUUACCCGCGUGGGCGAUGCUCCGUAAUACUGGAUAACAACGAAGACUAUUCGCGCGCAGCGCCAGAAACUUACGAAGACGACCGAUUUCGCUGGCCACUGACUUUUUUCCGAUACAGCUGCCAGUGUUUCGGCAACUUUGCCGGAUACAUGUGUCACCAGUGUCUUUAUGGUUACACUGGCAAAAAUUGUACUGAGCGCAUUGUGCGCGUGCGCAAGGAUUUCAAGACAGUAACCGCGAGAGAAAAACGCUAUAUCCUAAGCACGUUUGAGAAGGCAAGGACGACACAGAGUGAUUACGUCAUCCUUGACGUCACCAAAGGCGCGGACCCGGUGAAGAAUGUCACGUUUCUGACGGCGUCAGUGUAUGACUAUCUGGCAUACAUCCAUUACUACGCCUCGCGCAAAACUAUCUUCGACAACAGCAGCUACCCCGGCAACCAAACAAGCUUCCGUUGCGACGAGCCUCACUUCCCCAGUCUAGACUUUGCGCAUCGUGGGACGAACUUUCCACUGUGGCAUCGUUACUACAUGAUCCUCUGGGAGACAGAGAUGCAAAGGCUGACUGGAGACAUCCACUUUACCUUCCCCUACUGGAACUGGACGGACGCUGGCGUGGAGUGCGAAGUCUGCACGGACGACUUCCUCGGUACGCAUGAUCGGCGAGGCGGGAUAUCUGCAGCCUCACCGGUCAGUAAGUGGUAUGGGCUCUGUGUCAGGCAGGUAGGUGUCUGUGAGGCCUGUGAUCCCACCGUCCGCUUUCAGCUCACCCGCACACCAGGGAGGGUGCAAAGCGCGCCCAGACUGCCGACCGCCGCCACGGUGAAUUUCGCACUGGAGCAGAAUGUUUACGACUUCCCAGACUACACCACGAACGUUCCUAACGCCAGCUUUCGGGGCUGUCUGGAGGGUUACGUAGGCGUACCAAUGAAGGAUGUCUACAGGUUGCAUAACGAGGUUCACAUGUUUUUCGGAGGUGUGUUGAACUCCGCCACGUCAGCGUCGUGGGAUCCGCUCUUCUACUUUCACCAUUCCUUCAUGGACAAGCUUCUGGAGACGUGGUUGAGGCGGACUGGAGCGCUCCCUGCACAUCUGCCGCUGACAGACAGCGUUCCUGGCCAUCACCGGAAUUCAUAUCUGAUGGCAUUUUUCCCGACUCAGGUGAGCGCCGCCUACUUCCGAACUUCAGAGCAACUGGGGUACACUUAUGACGACAUGAUUACCUCCCCAUCAUAUAAAACUGAUGUUAAGCCCGAGGCCCCAAUGACAUCGUCAGAAGUGAAGUUCGCGGCUGCAGUGGAGUCUUCACACUUAGGACACAUCUGCGACCACAAUCAUCACCACGAUGACCACACCGCAGAGAUAUCUGACGUCACGAUGUCCGCGCGCCUCAUGCAGGCGGUGUCCAUAGAGACGGCGUUGCUAUUGGUUCUCCUUCUGGUUGUGAUUUCGACUUGUGGUUUCGUGUUUUCCCGCAAAUCUCGCGGUUAUAGCCGUGUACCGUCACAUGACUUGUAUGAUAAUGGGCACUGCAACCAAGGACUGUCUGCGGCGGUAGAGCCAUACUCGGAUUCGGAUAUUGAGAACAUCAAACGUUGA